GAGAGCCCCUCUACUCCCGUCAAACCUGGAAGUUUGAACUUACACUGAUUUGUUUUCUGUCUGAUUCUGUGGUAAUUACAAUAUUUUAGUUGUACAUUGUGAACUGUCUGCUUUAAAUAGCCAACAGCCUGACGCUGAAUUCAUUUAGCACAACUGCACAAUUCACAAUCAUAGCAGCGGAUUGCGCGUAGGACCGCGCAAUGUUGGUUUACGGAGACGACGGCUCGGUGUACGGAUGGAACUCUGUGGACGUCCUCGUCGAGGGCCAGCUGCAGCACGGCAGCGUCAUCAACGUGGCCGACGGGGGCCUGAUCAUUGAUUUCCAGUGUACUUCCCAGCGCGGGGAAUUCGUCGAAUACGGACGCAUCUUCCAUUGCAAUGCGGACACGUCGGACAGCUUGCGGAUCCCCAGGGGCGCCGUGCAGGUGCUGCUGCGACGUCGUGCGGGCGCGGCGUGGCUGUGGUAUCCAGGGAACGUGGUGCCUCUGGGUGACUAUAUCGAUGCGGUUUUCGUGGAGGUGUCCUUGCCCCACGGGAGCGUCCUUGAGCUGCUCCCCUGGGAGCAGGUGCGCCUGCCCCUCUCCCCUGCGGAUUUGGAGGCGCGGCGGGUGAAAGCGGGGGCGUUUAUUGUGCGUUCGUGUCGACUGGCCGUCCCCCGCUGGACGGGGGUGUCGCAGCGGGUCGCGCACAUGUUCCGCUGCGAACUCAACCGACGAUGGAAGGCGCUGUAUAUCUCGGUGAUCAAGGAGACGUUCACCUACCUGCAGCCUGGGAUACUCUUUCCACUGGACACUGAGCAAGUGGCGACCGUCUACAAACUGGCGCGAAGUGCCAAGCGGGGUGAGGGCAUGUCAAAGCAAACCCUGCCGAAGCUCCGGCGUAAGCGAAAAACCUUGGGUGGUGAAUAUGAGGAAGAGGGAUUAGUGUUGCCACCAGAGCUGCUGUUAGACAUCUUCCGCUCGAUGGACUCCGUAGGGCGGGUGCGGUGUCGCCGUGUCUGCGCACUGUGGAACGCCCUUCUCACCACCGACGCCUACUUCCCCGAUGUGUGCAUCUCCGGGAAUUGCGCGGAUUACGCUGUGAUGUAUUUGGCUGAGCAAAGUUCGUACUGGACGGCGAUAUGCCUGCUAAAAUGCCUCAGCAACGCCACCACGGUGGUUGUGCUGAAGGAGGUGGAUUUAUAUGAUUGCCGCACACUGACCGCGCCCAUCCAGUACAUUCGCCAAGGGCGAGGCAUGCCGGUACUGGUCUUGUAUCAGUGCGAUCUGGGCCGGGCAUUCUACUGGCCCGAGGACCGCAUCCGGUCCGUGGCACAGCUGGGCGUCGACAGCGGCUUUGAGAGAAUGCGGUGGGUAAAUUGCCGCUUCUGCGAUGACCGUCUGCAGGCGGUUGUCUCGCAGCAUGCCUUCCGCGUUCAGUCGCAGGAGGCAAUGGAGGUGCAGUUGUGGGAUGUGUUGGAGAGCAGUCUGAUUCUGGAAACGCCGCUGGAUCGGCCGGGCAUCACGCAGUGGAUCGCGGAUUGUAAUGCGCACCAGCGGAAGCACGAUGUAGAACGGAUCCUGAAGGGUCUUUGGAAGUACGAGACAGCGGAUCCGCGUCCCUCUUCUCGGUACCGCGAUCGAGAGUGGACGGAGUCGGACUUGGCUGAUUUGGACGUCACGAAGCUGACCACGUUAACGACGGUGUUUCUGCACGGUUGCCUGAAUGAUUAGAUACAUUCUGGAUACCCUAAUUGUUGCCAGCAGCCAACCGUGGUGUUUCGGUUGCGCGCGCCGCAGCGUCGUCCUCGUUUUCGGUGGGCGGUUCUUGUUGACAGCGGUGGCAGAUGUUCGCAAUGCGGCGAAUAGUAUCCACUCCCUGCUCGAUGUCGUAUAAUAUGGUGCUUUUUGUAUUACCGUAGGUUGUGUAACUUUUGUAUAGACUUUAAAUGAUAAUUCCUGGCUAGUGCAAUGUACAUACGUAUGUGUAGUACGUAUCCGUUAUGGUUUAGACUGCACACUGGUUGUUAAUUACACCAUAAGUUAUGAAUUAUGUGUUAUGUAUUCACGACGCAUUUUUGCGCUCGACAAACAGCACGCAUUUAACGCAUUAAUACGCAAUUGUGGUUGAUUCGUUUGCUAUGAGAAUUCUCUCUGGACUUGAAAAACUGGUGAAAUUGUAAUUG